AUUUGUACCAUGUGAUUCUGUGGUGACUUUGCGACGACCAUCUGACCAAACCAGAAGCCAGGAAAGAUCCCUGGUGCCUGCGUGUUUCUUCUCUUUUCUUUCUUUUCUUUUCUUUCGUUCGUUUCUCUCGGACUCCUCUCGUCUUUGCGAAAGCAUUCAGUGAGCGAGAGUUCUUCCCUCAUUAAGCAUCGAGUCCCCGAAAUCGCCCCCACGAUUUCAGUCCAUCUCAGCCGCCUCCUCUCAAAGGUACGCUCACAACUCGAGAGAGUUGUUCAAGUGACCACAAUGAACUGCGAUAUUUGCAGCCGUUCAUACGACACGGUCCGGCUACCCUUCCUCUGCCCGGUAGACGCGAGGAACCACUGCUAUGACGGACGUCUCAAGCACGCGACGCUGCUUCUCCAAAACGAGACCCUUCAGAAGCAGAUCAGCAAGUUGGCCGAGGAUCAGACCACCGACGACAAGUUCAUCGCCAAGCGAGAUGCCGUCUCGGAAACACGUGCGGCCCAAGACAGGACGAGCCGCAUCAUCGAACAAGCCGACAAGCUGCGACACCACAUCGCCGCCGCCCGGGAGGAGAUGGAGGACCGCAAGGCCGCCAUCGCCCGUCGGAGAAGCGAUCUGGCCUCCGCGACCAACGGUCUCGCCGCGAGGAGAGCAAGGCAGCUGGACGACGUGGAGAGGUCGAUCCAGGCCGCCAAGUUCAAGUGGAACCGCAACGCCGACGCCAUGGCCAAGACCCGUGCCUUUUUGUGUCUGGAGGCCGCCCGGCUUUUCGGCUUGCGCCGCGUCAAGACCGGCUCUUCGUCGUCCUCGCGGUACCAAUACAAGAUCGGAGGAGUAGACAUCUUUGAUCUCGAGUCGAUGCACGCUGCGUCCCCCGAACAGCUGUCGACAUCUCUAGCGAACGUCGCUCACAUCCUCGCCUUGGCCGCACAUUAUCUCUCGUUGCGGCUUCCGGCGGAACCGACGUUGCCUCACUGCGACUAUCCGCGGCCGACCAUCUUCACGCUCGCCUCGUCGUAUCAGCACGGAAAAGUCCCUUUCCCCGGCAGCGCCGCCAUUCCCGGUUUCGGUGCAGACUACGACCUCGCCCAGCACCUGCCCGUGCCGAGACCUCGCCCGUUGUACGUCGACAAAGCUCUGCCCGCGCUGGCAAAGGAGGACCCGUCCGUGUAUUCGUUGUUCCUCGAAGGCGUGACGCUCCUCGCGUAUGAUGUCGCGUGGGUCUGUAACACCCAGGGCGUCUCCGUAGGCGACAGGACCUCCUUCGACGACGUCUGCCGCAUGGGCCGCAAUCUGUACACCCUGCUCAUCGGCCAGCAAAUCCACGGUGCCCAGGCGGCAAGGACAUAUGCACCGCCAACCAUGGUCGUGGGGAAAUCGGAAGCCGUCGACCACCAAGAAGAGAUCGGCCAAGCUGCCUCGCUCAUGGGUCGCUACUCGCACGGAGCUGCCCACACCUUCCUCUGUGCUGCAGACGGUAUUGAUUUCGCCCGGAGCUUCAAGUUGCCUAACCCCCUUAAGUUGGUGGACAGGCUGAAGAGGAAGCUCGUGAGUGAAGUCGCCAUCCCGGAAUGGGAGGUGUUGGAGGAGGAUGAGUGGGCUGGUGGCGAUGACGCACUUGACGGUGGCAGCGUCGUCAACGUGGCUGGGCCGGUGUCGAGACAAGAAGGGGAAACCAAAACAAGCAAAACAGACAACGUUCCCGCGUCGUCUCAAAGAGGACCGCGCUCUGGUUCUGGUUCUGGUACAAGCGGGUGGACCAAGGUGAAGAGUCGAUGAGAGCAUCAUCCGCCCAACGGUAAAGAGAGAAAGAGCACGACAUCUCGGCUGAGUUCUCGUGUGAUGGCGGUAAGAAUGCAGGCUGAUAAGAACCUGAUGCUGAUGUGGUUCAAUACUCCGACAGGUCCUGAUAAAAAUAGCGAAACCCCUUGCAUUCCUCUUUUUUUUUUUUGUUGGUUUCUCGUUUUGCUUUUUUUUUUGUUGCUUUUUUUUUU